CUGCAGCAAACGGAGAAGAGAGGGGUAGAGAGAAUCGUACCUUCUCCAACAGCGUGUGAGGGAGAGUCAGAGAGAAAGAGAGAGAGAGAGGAGAGCGAGCACCUAAGAGAACGACUGAGAAAGAUAGCGACGGGAGGAGGCAAUAGGGCUGUGGAGUAAAAACAACGGCUGGACCUUCAUAUAGACGCAACUGCGCCUCUGACAAAGUCUCUGUUUCCACACAUCAACAUGUCAUCGUCUGGAAAAGACAACAGCGGUGCCCAACAUGCCAAUUACGUGGGACCCUACCGCUUGGAAAAGACGCUCGGAAAAGGACAGACAGGUCUGGUCAAGUUGGGGAUCCACUGUGUCACGUGCCAGAAAGUCGCCAUCAAGAUAGUGAACCGGGAGAAGCUGAGUGAGUCAGUACUAAUGAAGGUGGAGCGGGAAAUAGCCAUUCUGAAGCUCAUAGAACACCCGCAUGUUUUAAAACUGCACGACGUCUACGAAAACAAGAAAUACUUGUACCUGGUCCUAGAGCAUGUGUCUGGGGGGGAGCUCUUUGACUACCUGGUGAAGAAAGGCAGGCUGACGCCCAAGGAGGCCAGAAAGUUCUUCAGACAGAUCAUCUCAGCCCUGGACUUCUGCCACAGCCACUCCAUCUGCCACAGGGACCUGAAACCUGAGAACUUGUUGUUAGAUGAGAAGAACAACAUCAGGAUAGCAGACUUCGGCAUGGCUUCUCUGCAGGUGGGAGACAGCCUGCUGGAGACCAGCUGUGGAUCUCCACACUACGCGUGUCCAGAGGUCAUCAGGGGGGAGAAGUAUGAUGGGAGGAGAGCAGACGUAUGGAGCUGUGGGGUCAUUCUCUUCGCCCUGUUGGUGGGAGCUCUGCCGUUCGACGAUGACAACCUGAGGAACCUUCUGGAGAAGGUGAAGCUGGGAGUGUUCCACAUGCCCCACUUCAUCCCUCCAGACUGCCAGAACCUGCUGAGGGGCAUGAUCGAGGUGGACGCCACCAAGCGUCUGACGUUAGAUCAGAUUCAGAAGCAUACGUGGUACAUAGGAGGGAAGAACGAGCCGGAGCCAGAGCAGCCCGUACCCAGGAAGGUGACCAUCCGCAGCCUGCCGUCCGCCGACGACAUCGACCCCGACGUCCUGGACAGCAUGCACUCCCUGGGCUGCUUCAGGGACAAGAACAAACUGAUGAAGGACCUGCUCAACGACGAUGACAACCAGGAGAAGAUGAUUUACUUCCUGUUGCUGGACAGGAAGGAGAGGUACCCGAGUCACGAGGACCAGAACCUGCCUCCUCGCAACGAGAUCGACCCCCCCAGGAAGCGUGUGGACUCCCCCAUGCUGAACCGCCAUGGCAAGAGGAGACCGGAGAGGAAGUCCAUGGAGGUCCUGAGCGUGACGGACGGAGGCUCUCCGGUGCCGGCGCGUCGGGCCAUCGACAUGACGCAGCACGGACAGAGUAAGACUGUGUUCAGUAAAAGCUUGGAUAUCACUGACGCCAAUUCCAAAAGCAACAAGGAUGAAAGGUCACGGUCCAUCAGUGGAGCCUCCUCUGGUCUCUCCACCAGUCCUCUCAGCAGUCCACGGGUCACCCCCCACCCCUCCCCUCGGGGCAGCCCCCUCCCCACCCCCAAGGGAACGCCGGUGCACACGCCCAAGGACAGCCCGUCAGGCACGCCCAGCCCCACGCCCCCGCCCAGCCCGUCCUUCGGGGGCAUGCCCUGGAGGACGCGCCUCAACUCCAUCAAGAACAGUUUCCUGGGCUCGCCACGCUUCCACCGCAGGAAACUCCAAGUCCCAACACAGGAGGAGAUGUCCAGCCUAACACCGGAGUCUUCCCCGGAACUUGCCAAGAAGUCGUGGUUCGGUAACUUCAUCAGCCUGGAGAAAGAGGAGCAGAUCUUCAUCGUGAUCCGAGACAAGCCUCUGAGCUCCAUCAAGGCCGACAUCGUCCACGCCUUCCUCUCGAUCCCAAGUCUCAGCCACAGUGUUAUAUCCCAGACCAGUUUCCGGGCAGAGUACAAGUCCACAGCAGGUCCCACCGUGUUCCAGAAGCCGGUGAAGUUCCAGGUGGAUAUCACCUACACCGAGAGCACCGCAGCCACCAAGGAGAACGGCAUCUACUCUGUCACCUUCACCCUGCUCUCAGGACCCAGCCGACGCUUCAAGCGGGUGGUGGAGACAAUUCAGGGCCAGUUGUUAAGCACACAUGACCAGCCAGGGGUUCAGCAACUGUCUGACGAGAAGAACGGCCAGGUGCCACCUGCCCCUGGCACGCCCAACAAGCACUGCCCCCCCUCCCCCAUCGUCCGGAGACACGAGCCCGAAACUAAUGACAUCAAAAGUCCCGCCCCCGCAGCGAGCCGAGAGCGACCCAAGAUGGCGCUGGCGUCUGUGGGUUCUCAGGAGGAGUCCUAGAGCUGACCCAGCACCACCACCACGUCACAUGACCUUUUUAAGAUCACAUGACCUCGCAACGUGUACAGAGCUAGAUGAACAGAAUUUCCUCUUUGGACCUUUUUUUUGUAUGAAGGAGCGACUGUAUAUAG